AUUAAUUGGUUGCCAUAUCCUGUAUAGAAGAAGGUCUACCAUUUUUUUUUUGGAGGGUACGACAUUUUUCAUCCAACCACAGGAUGAGAAAAACAAUUUAUAAUGAAUGUCAAUAUCAAUAAUUAAAUAUCAAUUGAUCUGUGAAGAAUAAUAUCAUAUAAUACUAACAUGAGAUUCUCAAGAACAUUAUUCAAACAAGCCGAAGAAGUAUUGGUCAAGGCUGCUUCCGGAUAUCCAACUGGUUUGACUGGUUUAUACCAACAUCCAAACCCAAGACCAGCAUUAAUUUCAUUAUAUAAUCAUACUUUAACUGUAUUAGAUACCAAAUUUCCAAAAGAAUCAGUAUAUAGACAAUCAGUUGAAGCUUUAACUAAGAAUAGAUUAAAGAUAGUAGAAGAAGAAGAAAUCACUGAAAAUAUAGAAAAUAAAAUUGGAGGUGGAUUAAUUGAAGAAAUUGUCAUUCAAGCUCAUGAAGAAUUAAAUUUAGCUAAUGAAUUAGCAAGUUUGAAAGUUUGGGAAGAAUUGGCUGAAAAACCUUUAGAUGAUCAAUGGGUAUACUUUGGUAAGAAAGUUUAAUCACUGAUGUAUUUACAAAAAUCAUACAUGCAUACAUUCAUUCAUUCAUUCAUAAAGUUUGUCUUUUUUAUUUCACUUGUAUCAAAAAGUAACAGUUUCAAUUGACUGGUUAGUUAAUGUUCUAGAUACUUCUUUUCUAACUAUUAUAUUAGAUUAAUAUAUUUAUUCGCUAAUCGAAUUUUCAAAGUUACAUGACAAAAUGUGAUUGUAAAAGCUCCUCUUUAUAUGU